CGUCAUUUGGCCACGCAAGAAAAAUUACUUCUUCAACGAAGGCCGCCAUAAUCCAGCACAUCACAGCAAGCUGGCCCGUCCGUCCCUGUCUCAUGCGCAUUUAAUUCCCAGAACUGUGUAGCAAUGUCAGACCUGUCGGUGGAUUUGGUUGCUCCCAAUGGAGUCUCUUGGACACAGCCAACUGGCCUGUUCAUUAACAAUGAAUUCGUCAAAGCGGCAAGUGGAGAGACAAUUGACGCGAUAGACCCCGCCACAGAAGAAAAGAUCGCGACGGUGUGUGCAGCAGGCGAGGAGGAUGUCGACAGAGCCGUCAAAGCAGCGCACGCGGCGCUCAAGCACCCCUCGUGGCGGCUGAUGUCGGGCUCAGACCGCGGGGCGUUGAUGUACCGCCUCGCCGACCUCAUGGAGCAGAAACGGGAGCUUUUGGCUACGAUUGACGCCUGGGACAACGGCAAAACGUACCAGGAAGCACUCGACACCGACCUCACCGAGGCUCUCGGCGUAAUCCGGUACUACGCCGGCUUCUGCGACAAAACCUUCGGCCAGACGAUCAGCACAACGCACCAGAAGUUCGCGUACACGAUCCGCCAGCCCAUUGGCGUGGUCGCCCAGAUCAUCCCCUGGAACUAUCCCCUCUCCAUGGCGACCUGGAAGCUAGGCCCCGCGCUCGCCUGCGGAAACACCAUCGUUCUCAAGGCGGCUGAGCAGACACCCCUCAGCAUCCUCGUCUUCGGCCAGCUAAUCAAGGAGGCCGGGUUCCCGCCCGGCGUGGUGAAUUUCAUCAACGGGCUAGGUCGGACCGCGGGCCCCGCUCUGGUGGGCCACCCGCUCGUGGACAAGGUGGCGUUCACGGGCAGCACGGCGACGGCGAAAUCCAUCAUGGCGCUCUCGGCCCAGACGCUCAAGAACAUCACGCUCGAGACCGGGGGCAAGUCGCCAUUGCUCGUGUUCGCCGACGCUGAUUUGGAUCAGGCCGUCAAGUGGUCACAUAUGGGUAUCAUGUCGAACCAGGGGCAAAUCUGCACCGCCACAUCGCGGAUUCUAGUCCAGGACGUGGUGUACGAUGAUUUCCUGGCGCGCUUCCUCAACGCGGUGAAUCAGGUCAGCAAGGUCGGUAGCCAGUGGGAGAAAGACACGUAUCAAGGCCCGCAGGUGUCCCGUGUGCAAUACGACCGCAUCCUCGAGUACAUCGAGAUCGGUAAGGCCGAGGGCGCUACUCUGGCUGCCGGUGGCGAGGCGCUGAACCCACUGGGAGUCAAAGAAGGCAGUAAGAAAGGAUUCUUCAUCGCGCCGACAGUAUUCACCGACGUCGCAAGUACAGCGCGCGUAUGGCGAGAGGAGAUCUUCGGGCCCGUCGUGGUAAUUUGCCGGUUCAAAGCCGAGGACGAGGCCGUGGCGCUCGCGAAUGAUUCCACGUACGGGCUAGGCGCCGCCGUGUUUACGAAGGAUUUGGAGAGGGCCCAUCGUGUGGCAGCCGAUAUUGAGGCGGGCAUGGUGUGGGUGAAUAGUAGCCAAGAUUGCGACCCGCGGAUACCGUUUGGGGGCGUCAAGCAGAGUGGC